CAGCACUAGCCCAAGUAAUCAAGAGAUGCUUGUACUCCCUGGUCUAUCUUUUUAUGUGCUGUUGCUAGUUCCUCUGCUUCCCGAGAUAUGUCUAUAUAAAUACUAUCCGGUAGAAAGCCAGACCUUAACAGAUCUACAGAUAACAAUACUACAGAUCUCGAACCAAGCACACCUUGUUUAUAUAGACGUGCAAUCAGCUACGAUAGAAAAACAGAUCCCUUGGAACCCAGAAAAUUACAAUACUUAAUUUCUGUCAAUGCUAUAGACAUGAACACGAACACGAACACGAUUAAACCCAUACCUCAAGAAAGGAAAGAAGAAGUAGAGGAAAAGUGAGAGAAAAAAAAAAAAAA